AUGACGCGACAAAACGGCUUGGUCGACUACGCGUUGGAGUCUGCAGGUGGUCAAGUGGUCUCAACAAAGUGUACAGAGCUUUACCAGAUCAAGACAAAGCAGUACAGCAUCUUAGGUCUACCAGUGUGGUGGGUGUACACAUCCCCGCGGUAUGCCCUCACUCCUGGAGCCAUGCCCGCCGAAUGCUGGGCCUUCCAGGGCUUCCCGGGGUACCUGGUGGUGCGCACAUACGCUAUUAUCGAAGUGACAGGAUUCUCGUUGGAGCACAUGUCUCGGCUGUUGGCAGUUGAAGGCAAGAUCGAGUCUGCACCGAAGAACUUCUCAGUCUAUGGUCUGCACGGCGAGAUGGACCCCGACCCGCAUUUGUUCGGCGACUAUCAGUACAACGCCAAUGGCACGGCCAUACAGUACUUCCCAGUCAAAUACCCGAAGACGACCAACAUCGGCGGCGUGGAGUACCCGGUCGCUUACGACAUUAUCGAGCUGAGAGUCGAGAGUAACCAUGGCAACCCUACGUACACCUGCGUGUACAGGUUCAGAGUCCAUGGCAACCCUCUGUCGGACAUCCGCAGGGCCACGGAAGAUAGUAUAAAGGACAGUGAGACGUAG